AUGCGUCCGGUCAUAUACUUGAUCCUGGCAUCCCUCCUGCUGCAGCCGGCAGUCGCUCAACCCCCAAUGACGUUCGGGAUGAGGAAGCUCGCCUUUUCGGCGAAUCAAUUUGGCAUUGAUCUCUACAGAACGAUGCGAAACUCGGAGGGAAACAUCGCGUUCUGCCCUUUUUGCAUCGAUGAAUCCCUACUCAUGACAUUGCUGGGUGCCCAGGGCCAGUCCGCGAUGGCUCUGCGUCACGUGCUCUAUCUCUGGGGAAUGCAACCCCAAGAGCUGCAUACAGCAUCCCAUCAACUUAUCACUCAUCUGGGAAGUCAGCUCAAAUCCGCAAUGUACGAAGACUACAUGGGCCGAUCUGCCAAAACUCUCCGCCGCUUCGCGCGAGCCGCCCGAGCAGAAGAGACCAAAACUCCUCCGGAGAAAGAUCGGCCCGCGGUGAAACAGAAACCGAAAGAAGAAGUGAGGAACGAUCUCUACAAAAAUCAUCAAUACUACCCGCCAACGAGCAAUCCUUUCGAUCAGAGAGGAGGGACAUCGCCCUACAGACCGGAGCAUUCAGUAUACUCUGAUCACCACGAGAAUCCUCCCCCUCACCUUUACGAUCAUGAUCAGAGGCGUCCCCCGAUGGAUUAUCGUCCCAGACCUCAACCAGGUCCUCUGUUUUCUCAAUAUCCUGACCUCAGGCAACCCCCUUCUUCGUUGAAUCCGGCGCUCUACAAUAACCGAAAUCCCCCAUAUGGUCCCAUCUCAGGCGGCGCAUACAUAAGACCCGCUCAGUUCGAAGCGCGUCACCAUCCACCUGAAUAUCGUCCCUCCUCGCCCGGCAAUCUCAAUGAGAUGAGGCCCGUGAACGACCGAUACCCCGGACCUUACCCUCCGAGUCGGACCCCACUUUUCGGCGCGACGAAUCGUCCCUACUACUCCCCGUAUGAUUCCAAGCCAGUGCUCGCACCCGCGCCUCCGAUGCAAGCUUCCUUCUACAGACCGGAUCGCUACAGACCGAUGCCCCCCACUCCGAUGGGUGGAUAUCCCAGACCUCCGUUGGACUACAACGGUAACGUCAAUAAUCAUCAAGCGGCACCCUUCACUUCUCGCUACCGACCACCAUACGGCGGACCACAUGGUGCUGCGAGCGAGCUGUCCUUCAGUCAUCUGCCAUAUGACCACGGACACGGGUCCCAUGGUCACAACCAGGCUUACAGCCAACAGUACAUGCACCCGAUCAACUCUGAGAACAGACACGGUUGGCGGCCGACUAAUUACGGAAAGUCAAAGGAGCAACCCGACGACGAGGACUUCGGGAACGCCAUCGACAAGAACCUGGCUUUACCGAGCAACGAUCCGGACGAUACUGAGCUCGUGAUGUUCAACACGAUCUACGUGCAGAGAGAAUACGCUGUGAAAUAUCCAUACCAGAUGUACGUCUACAACUACUACAACAGUUCCGUACACUCCCUGGACUUCGUGAUGAACGGAGAAGAGGCUCGUCAACAUAUAAACGCGAUCAUCGAGAAACGAACUCAAGGAAAAAUCCAAAACAUCCUAACGGAUAUUCCGUCGCCCUCCACGAAUCUACUACUGAUUUCGGGAAUUUUCAUCGAAAGCGUCAUCGACAUUGAGAACCUGACUCCGGUCGACAAUGUUCGCUGGAUUGCGAACAGCCGGCAAAACUUCUCCAAAGAAGACGAUGAUGUAGGAAACCCAAUGAUGAUGGAGGCUCGCGGCGUGAAAAUCCGUUACACGCGACACGAUUAUCUGAACUGCAGUGCUGUCGAAGUUCCUCUCAGAGGAGGUGUCGUGACCCUUUUGAUGAUCACGCCCGAUCACAUCGACGACAUGGGUGUCCUCGAAGACCGACUUUCAGCACAAAGAAUAUCUGACAUCAUGGCUACGAUGCAGAUUAAGAAAGCCAACCUGAAGUUGCCUAAGAUUCAGAUCGAACACAGUCACGUCAACUUGACACAUGCUCUGUCCGCGAUGGGUCUCCAGAACCUGUUCGUCCCUGGGCGUGCCGAGCUGUUCGACAUGUCUGAUGUCCGCUGGCUCCACGUCAGUAACGUUUUCCACAAGAGCGUUCUCCACAUACAAGGCCCGCCUCUCAAGGACGACCUUGAGGAAGUUCUUCAAGGGGAUAAAACACCGAAGAAGAUAACGAAGAUCCCUGGACAUGCCAACGAAGGUCUCAACGUGGUUUUGAACCGGCCCUUCCUCUACUUCGUCAUGGACUCUGUCAGCGGUCUCGCCAUCGCUAUGGGUAAAGUGAUAAACCCUUAGUCCGGUAGUGCACGACGUAAUCCGUAGGGAACUUCUGGUCACGAUUCCGAGAA